CCCUCAUCAAGCGCCCACCUCGACAAGGUGCGCAGCAUCUUCGUCACCCUUUUAUGAUCUCAUUCUUUCAGUAUUUCUACUCGAUUCUGUUCUUUAUCGAACAACAUAGGGACAUUUGUCUCGUUGGCGCUCAUCCGGCAGUUCGACGCCCGGUAUCACGAUCAGCAAGCCUCAGACCAUCCAAACAGGGGUUCGCUGCAACGAGAAGCUCGCAAGUGGAAGAUUGGCUUCCAACAGCCACAAGGCUUGUUUCCAUCCGACAAUUUCAUGACAUUAAUUUUCAUCCCAUUCGAAUUAGUUUAUCCCGCUCGUCGUAUAACCUAGUUGUCAGCAACACGAGGUUUUCGCGAUCUCUCCUCGGCGAGCAAAUAACAUCGCGAAAUACAUCCAACAAACAUCCAAACCCUCCCUUGCGCAUAAACACAAACAACUAUCUGACACAAACAAGAUGGCGAAGGAAUCAGAAGCCGUUCACGAUCCCCUCAUUCCUAUCUCCGACGUCCCUACAGAACCCGCCAUCGAGUCUCCCAGCAAGACCAAACCCAAGCCGCACAUCCCCCGCUCUCUGUCCACUCCACAAUCCUCCCUCACGAAAGCUCGCGCCAACCUUACUCGACCUUUCAAAUCCCACACACCUCGAUUCUCCAAAUUCAACCUGCUUCCCGCAGAAAUCCGUCUGCAAAUAUGGGAUGAGGCUUUCGUACCACGAGUCCACGAACUGCACCCUUGCGCGAAGCUGUACAACGACCGAAUGACCUUCCGGUCUAACAGCAGCCUCACACCCUCUAUCUUCCACGUUAAUCAGGAAAGUCGAAAUGUGGCUCUCAAGCAUUAUGAGUUGAUGGAAUACCAGCCUCCGCAAUCUGGCACAAGUGGAAAGGGGAUCUUGCGGUUCUACUUCUGUCCGGAGCUCGAUACGCUGUUGUUGAAUAGCCUUAUGGGAUUAUUUAUCAUGUUCAUGCUGCUUGAGGACGAAGAGGAUUACGUUGGAGUAGGCGUUAUGAAGGGCUGGAAGAAAGUUGCAUUCGACGCCGAACGAGCACAGCUCAUUUCCCUACUUUCUGGCAUAGCUGGUCAUUCACCACAACCUCGAUUCAAAGCCGUGUUCCCGAGUCUGCAAGAAUUGAUCAUUGCGUUCGAUUACACGAGUAAAGGCAAGACGAGAUUCAGGACUUCGGUCUGGCCAGGCGAGAACGGCACGAGUUUGAGGGAAGUCCGCUUACCGCAGGCAUUAUCAAUCGAUGAAGGGGAGUUGGAGAGCACGAUCUUUGGAACUAUCUUUAAGCCUAUGAGGGAAUAUCUGAAUAAUGAUUAUAAGGACGAGGAUGGCGGAAUACCUAUUAUGACUGUGGCUAAGGUUAAGAGAAAAGCAUUCAUUAGAGGGGAUAUUCGGUAUGCUUUCCGGAAGACAUGUUCGUUCUUUGGCUUGAGACCGAGAGGCGUUUUCAGGCGGCUUUAAUUGCGUUAUUGAACAUCGAUAAAGGAAUCUUGGGCAAUAUGGGACAGUGGAGUUAACGAGGAAUAAUGAUUUGAAGCGGUGCACUUUCAAUGGCUGCUUGCACUAAAUCACGACGCCAUGACAUACAUGACAUUCGAGAGCUGUCGCUUUCAUAUGUAGGAUAUAGACAGAGCAAUAGUGCAAAUUUAAUUGCAAUUAUGCUUCUGUAUUGCUCGUUUUCAUCAAUCAAGGUGCGCCAUAGAUGAUGCUGUCUGACUUUGCAGAUGCAUAUCCAUGUAUCU